AUGGGUAUUCAUUCAACUUUUAAAGUUUUGGGGAUGGAAGAGCAAAUCAAACUCAUAUCUCUGAACCUGAAAGCGACAAAAGAUGAUGACAUCUCAAAGAUCCAUCAUGAAUUUGAGCAGGCGAAACAGAUUCCUAAGAUGAAUUCACAAGACUUUGCGUAUUUCUUGAGAAGCAUAUGA